GUCUGGCUCGACAGCGGGCAUCGGGUCACCAGGUAUGACAGCGGGCACUGGGUCACCAGGCAUCAGGUCAUUUGGCUCGCCAGCGGGCACCGCGUCAUCUGGCAAGGCAGUGGGCACCGAGUCACCAGGCACGACAGCGGGCUCUGAGUCAAUUGGCACGACAGCGGGCACCGGGUCAUCAGGUACCGGAUCGUCUGGAUCAACAGCGGGCAUCGAGUCAACUGGCCUAAUAGGAUCAUCAGGCUGGAUCAGUUCAUCAGGCUGGGUAGAAACAUCAUGCUGGGUAGAGGCAUCAGGCUGAAUAGAGGCAUCAGGCCGAAUAGAGGCAUCAGGCCGGGUGGAGGCAUCAGGCCGGGUGAGGCAUCAGGCCGGGUGGAGGCAUCAGGCCGGGU